AUGAUCUAUUGGGUAAUGAAUUUGUGGGUCCUCGAGCUCAUCAAGAAUACUAUUAGUGUUAGUGUUUCUGUAGACAAAUUAAUUAUUACAUUGAAUAGAUACUUCAAAGAAGAUCAACGUAUUGUACUUGCUCAAGAUGAUACUAUACAGAACCCACUUGUCUUGUCUUCUGUCAAAGCUAGUGCAGGUGGUGAAAUGAAUCCAGGAGCUUCAGGUGAACUUGAGCUUUCACCCUUCAUAGCUAUUGGACAAUUGGGAGUUUAUUCUUGUCAUGUUCAGACAAACGCUUUUGACAACAUAGAAGUGGACAGAAAAGGUGCACCCACUAAAGACCAAUUGCAGUGUUGCAUUAGACCUGAAGAGUUUUGA